GUCAUGUCCCAUAAACAAAGUUACUAUUCGGAUAAAUACGACGAUGAGGAGUUCGAAUACCGGCAUGCCAUGUUACCCAAGGACAUAGCCAAACUUGUCCCUAAAACCCAUUUGAUGUCUGAAUCUGAAUGGAGGAAUCUUGGCGUUCAACAGAGGCAGGGAUGGGUUCAUUAUAUGAUCCAUGAACCAGAACCUCAUAUCUUGCUGUUCCGGAGGCCACUACCCAACAAGCCAAAGAAAUGAAGCUGGAGAACCAUUUCCAACCUCAACUU